AUGUCGCGGCGACCCGUGGAGACAGGCGGAAGCCUGGUUUUCCAGGAGGGAAAGAAAAUCGAGGGAGAGUACUACAUCAUCGCCGUCUACGAUGACCCCGAAAGGAAUACGGUACUUAAUAUGUUGACUUUCACCAGCUGCGAUGAUGAAUUUUACUUUGCUCUCUCUCUUAUAUUUUUCUGUUUCACGUCCGUGGUCGUCAUCUUCCACACCUAAUAAAAAGCAAGCAACAAUAAAAUAUAAUCUUUCAUCAUCCCACGACCUACCUUGUUCACCAGGUUUCCUUCUGCGCCUAUGAGCUGGAGACCAACCAGACGUACACCCUGCCCUACACGUAUACGGAACUGGAUGAGUUGUUCCGGUAUAAUAGUGAGUUGAUGAAUCCAACGAAUCGAGAUGCGAGAUAUCACUGGAUCAUCGAAAGGCUCGACUUCGUGGUGGCUCUGGACAGUACCACGAGUGGGAGGAAACUAUGUCUCGCGCCAGAACCAACACCAGAAGAAGAACCACAAGACAAAAAGAAAAAGAAAAAAGAUCAGGAGUACAACUAGCAACUUCUACUGACUGCUUCAUUUGUUCACUUUAAAAGUAUUACUGCAGCUACUGAGUUUGAUCCUGACAUGUGCGAACAUGAUUUCUUUUUUUCAAUAAUGAACAAACUAGAUUAAAUAAUGCUACUGAGUUUGAUCCUGACAUGUGCGAACAUGAUUUCUUAUUUUCAAUAAUGAACAAACUAGAUUAAAUAAUGCUACUGAGUUUGAUUCUGACAUGUGCGAACAUGAUUUCAUUUUUUCAAUAAUGCACGAGAUUACUGCUGCACGGCCUACUUGUUCUAUACAUCUUCCACUGCCCAACUACCUACGACCCUACAACAGAAUCGGCGGUGGCGGUGGGGGCAAAUUAGAUGCUGCUACUCGUGCGAAAUUGAUAGCGGAACUGGAUACGAUGGACGACCAUGCGCUUUACAUCUCCCUCGUCAAAUCUGAGGAAGCACGAAAGCAGUUUCUCACUGCCUUGCAUGCCAAGCGACGCCUAGUUAAGGUUAGUUUUUCACUAUCCUGUGUGGAGUAUACAACUGUGUGAGCUGCCCGCCCACCUAAGUUCUACUUUAAAGGGUACAACUAUAGGGGAAGUCAAGGGGUCUUCAACAUCUCAACACUCAAGAACAUCUCAGUCAAGGUGAAAAACUAGCGCUAACCUAUAGCAGAUUAAGGCUGGACAGCGGUCUCACAAGCUGGAUGAGGAUCAGGAGUUGCGCAUGAAGAAACUGCAACAGCAGAGAGACUUCAUCAAGUCCAAAGCUGUGCAGUAUCAAGAAGAUCAAGCGGAUAAGAAAAUGAGCAUGGCAAAGAUGGCUGAGCUGAUGAAUCAAGCCGAAAAUGAAGCCGUCAAGAAGUACUUCGAUGAUGAUUUCGAUUUUGAUUUGUCUUUACCAUGAUCUUCUUCCUGUUACGAUCUUCCAUUUCCUAGUAAGAUGAUCAGCGAACAAAAGAAGUUCAAAAACUAUCACCUAGCUAAAACAUCGAUCUUCCUCACCCAACUGCUCACCACCAUCUUCAGAGCCCUGAAGAAGAAAGCCGAAAAGAAGCAGGAGAGGGCGGAUUGGCGCGCAGCCAAGCAGAAAGAGCGAGAGCGUGAAGCUGCUCGAGCUCGAAAAGCGAAGGAGCUGCAAGAAGAACAGUUCCGCAUGUUAGCCAAGCGACGUGCAAUCGUACAGGAGGAGCGAGACAUAGUGAUGAAACAGCGCCAAGACGAAAUCCUAAAGAAGCGGCAAGUCGCUUUAGUUACGGCUUCGUAAUCCAAUCAAGAAAUCGCUUUAGUUAGCGCCAAGUCGCUUUAGUUUGUAAUCGUCCAAUCUGAAACUGAAUCUUGUGAACUACAAGUAGAAGAAGUAUCAAUCAAUACAAUGAACGAGUAGUACAACCAGCUCUAAUCUAGACGCCCGUCUGCGGUUGCGACAGGCUAAGAAAGCGGACGCUUUAGCAGCAGCUGAGACGCUAGAGGCAGAGAGGCAAAAGCUAAGAGAUGACGCGGAUAAAAAGAAAGAGCAUUUCAAAGCUCUGGAGGAGAAGCGAAUUCAUGCUGAAUUGAUGAGGGAAAAGAAGAGGAAUGAUGAGGUAGUUGAUUGUCCUGCGGUCUUAUUUACCGGAGUCCUAGUCGUGUUACUUAGUCUUUUUUACAACGAAAAGGACAACUACACUUACUCCGUCCUUAACUUAAUAUAACUCAAUAACUUUAAAAAAAAGCAAGAAACUGACUGAUGAACACAUCACGUGAUCAUGAAUUUGACAGAUCCGCGACGUGGUCCUUUCUAUCCAAGCGGACUACCGGGAACAGCAGAUGGAACUUGCCGAAGAGAAAAAGCGCCUGAUCGAAGAGAAGGCAGUGAAAGCGGCUUUGGAUGCGAGAAAACGCGCUAUGUUACGAGCUCAGGCAGAGGAGCACCAACAGUGGAGGAAGCAGAGGGCAUUGCAGAUGGCAGAAGAGGAAAUGAAGAACGUGAUUAUGGACAACUUCUUGUGUCUUUUACUUUUUUUUCGGUUUAUCUUUUUUUCAUCUACCUUCUCCUGCUGCGUCUGUAGUUGGUCGUGACAAAUUAAUAGCGAGCUGAAAAAGACGAGCUGAAAAAGAUUCAGAUUGCUUGUCCUCCUUCUCGUGAUUGAUAGAAAAAGUCAUAACGAGAAGUAGGAUGCCAACAUUCGUCUUAGGAUACAACCAACAUUGUAAGUUCCUCCAAUCCUCAAGAGCAAGAGUGGCUCCGAAGGCACGAUGCAGACGCUGAGAAAGACGUCUUGGACAAGAACAAGGAACCUGAGGAAAACGAAGGAAUCCCAAUAGAAGACGAGGAAAUUUUGAGGCUAAAACUAGAACAACGAGCUCGCGAGAAACGAAAGGAGGCUAGGGAUACUGUCAAGGUACUAUUAUCAUGUCCUCGAAUAGGGAUACUGUCAAGGAAGUACUAUUUUUAUCAUGUCCUCUAAUAGGGAUACUGUCAAGGAGGUACUAUUAUCAUGUCCUCUAAUAGGGAUACUGUCAAGGUACUUUUAUCAUGUCCUCUAAUAGGGAUACUGUCAAGGAGGUACUAUUAUCAUGUCCUCUAAUAGGGAUACUGUCAAGGUACUAUUAUCAUGUCCUCUUCUAAGUUGUUAUCCUUAGGAGGAUACUUGAUGAUUACCCUUUUCUCUUUUCUAUCUUCCUCCGGUCUUUCUUUUUUCUAGUUAGGUCGGCUCCACCACAAUUAUGAGGGGAUAGCGAUAGAGACUACAAGAAGCACAAGUCCUGCCUGCAUAAGCAUUGACGUAAUCGCGUCACGACAGCCUCCAAUUUUUUGUUUGUCUUCUUUAUACUUUUCCACCAAGCAAACGACAUCAAUCUUGUUCACAGAAAGCGGAGGACGAACAGAUGUCUAA